AAAAAUUUUGCAUUGUGAUAGGACUUUAACCAUGCUUUUAUUGGACUUAAUAGUGGUGAACAUUUUCAUACUAAGGGCCUAUGGAGAUCAUAUAGAAAACCACGCAAUAGGAUGUAAAACUUCAUGUACCAAUGAACAAUUCCAAUGUAAAAAUUGUCGCUGUAUCUCAAAGUCAUUGACCUGUGACUCUAAAAACGAUUGUGGAGAUAAUUCAGAUGAAAACCAACUUGAGCUGCAUUGCGGCUGUAAAUUUCCAUGUGCUGAUGAGCAGUUCCAAUGUAAUAAUUGUCGGUGUAUCGCAAAGUCUUGGACAUGUGACCACAAAAACGAUUGUGGAGAUAAUUCGGAUGAAUAUGCACAUUGCUCUUACCCAGUUUGUAGCGGAAACCAGUUCACAUGUGCCAAUAAACAGUGUAUACCACAAAAGUGGGUGUGCGAUGGCAAUAACGAUUGUAAUGAUAACUCUGAUGAAGCAGGCUGUGGUAAGGUUGGGAGAGACGGGGUAAAUAGGGGGAAUGAUUGUAAUGAUAACUCUGAUGAAGCAGGCUGUGGUAAGGUUGGAAGAGACGGGGUAAAUAGGGGGAAUGAUUGUAAUGAUAACUCUGAUGAAGCAGACUGUGAUAAUUAUGAAUGUGAACCAAAUGAAUGGUCCUGUCCGUCGACAGGCAAAUGUAUUUCUGCACAACAAGUCUGUGAUCAAGUAAAAGACUGCAGACUUGGAGAAGACGAAGAGAAAACUUGCAGUAGAACUUCUUGUACAACAUUGAAUUGUGAACAUGAGUGUUACCCUUCUCCAUUGGGAGGAAGUUGUUACUGUAAACCAGGCUAUGUUAUUAACAAAAAAGACAAUCGUACUUGUAUAGGUAUGGCAAAAAUCUGA